GCUGUUGUAACUCUCGACUUCUUCUUGUCUUCCUGGUCUCUUUUUUUUCAACUGAUAUAAGACGAGAAAAAGAAGGAGACUGGCGAAAGGAAUUCAUUGAUGAUUCAUUUCAUUAACCGGCAGCUGAUUUGAUUUAUUCAACUAACUGAGGUCGCGUGUCAUCCCCACGACGUCAUCUGAAAGGAAGUCUUUCCCGCCAGUCCGUUCGAUCCCAAAAUUCAACUUCCCACCCAUCGACUUUCCCUGUCUGCACAUUAAUAUAAUCCGCCACCGCUCCGGAAGCCGUUCGUUGUCGGCGUCUCGAGAAGAUGUCGAGGCGCGAUGAUCUCACCAUCAGUGCAGAUAAUGCUGCGAAUGGUGAUACCCGACAAAAGCCGCUCGACAGCGCGAUAGCUUUCAACAGCCCGCAGCCCGCACCGCCGCCAGGACAGAUCCUGACUGGAAAACAAGAGCACUACCUGAAACGCGAACUGAUCAGCCGGCAGGUCAGCAGCGAGAUCGCGGAGCUGAACUCCCCCACCGCCUUGCGGCGAUUCGGUGCACCGUUCAAGUCGGAAUUCGGAGAGAUUGCUCCUGUCGACUCAGAUCUACCCAUCUUGCGAUAUAUAUUCGUUAACCAUGUGCGGAACUUCCCGUUCCUCGACCAGGCCAGGGAGAAGGAGUUCUGGCAGGAUAAGCUGCAGGUGUUCCUCGAGUCGUUCGCCAACAAGCACGUUUCCUCUUCCGAAGACCGUCUGGAGGAGACAAAACGGAGAAAGUUGGCGCGAAAAUGUGAAAAGCUGAUCGAGCUGAUGAUGGUAUCGGGUAUUCCGACGGCCUCGGGCUACGAAGAACGGAUACGCUUUGCGGAGAUGGAAGUUGUGGAUCGCGGGGCCAACGAACAGGGACUGUUGGUCAAUAUCCCCGAUGGGCACUUUAUCAAUGGAUGGGACGUCAACGUGGCUGGUGUGAGGUCGACCUCUAUCAGACGCACGGUGAGACAUCAUCGGCAUGCGGAAUUCAUCCUUAGAGUCCGUCGCGAGGGAAAGUCCGACGUCUACGUCGCAAAGAGAUACGGAGAUUUCGCGAAGCUACACAAGAGGUUGCGGACAGAACUGCCGGGAAAGAUCCUACCGCCACUGCCCAGGAAGAACAAAACAUCCACUUCUACUAGCUGGUUCAGCACCGCUGAUGAUGAUGCCUCUUCGCUGUCCUCAAUCUCAACGCAGGACCCGGGGCCGGCGGAUGAGAGCUCGAUCGCUGGUGCAGAUGGCCGUAGCCUGGCCCCCGGAGGCCACAGCCGGUCUGCCUCUAAAUCCACUAUAGGGUCCAGCCUCGGAUCUGCUCUGGGAAGGUCGCCGAAAUCGCCUCGCGCGUCAGGAGAGCUGUCGAGAGAUGAUGUCGUCCUCUAUAGAGAGGAACAACGGGUGUCUCUACGAGCCUUCUUGCGUACUCUGCUGCAGAAUAAGCGCAUAGCGGAUUCGAAGGCAAUGGCGGAAUUUCUCACCAGAGAACCGAUCAGUCUUAACGAAGAAGACCUGGUCGAUAUUCAGCGUCGGAAGGACGCGGAUGCAUUGCGGAUAGAGGAGCAGAGGAGGUUCUAUGAAAUUGCAAGGCAGCGUGCGGCUGAACUGGACGUCUACAUGGAGAGGUUCCGCAGAGAUAUUGUGGAGAGCAACGGGUUGACAAGGCUGUUCUCGGAGAUCCGAGAGAAAAAUACGAUAGCAGAGUUGAGCCCUGAGUAUCAAAAAUUCGCCGAAUGGCUCCGUAUCGAAGUUGCUGCCACGAUAUAUCAUCUUUUCCUUGCCGAAGAUAACUCCCCAGAGCUAUUCGCCCAGGCAAAGAGAAUUCACUCGCUCAUCCCUUAUACCCUGAUGAAGAACGUCAUCCGCAUCGCAAACCCUGCGGCAGUCAUGUCUGGUGUCCUGGAUCUCUUCCUAGCUCAACCGUUCGGUUCACGAUCGCUUUUACAGCGGAUAUUUGCCAUGACUUUGCAUGACGGCAUCAAGGCUUUCCAAAAGGCGAUAGAUGAAAUGGUAGCAAAGAUCGACGACCCGGUCCUGACGCAGAAACUGAAAGCUUUCACGGAUGCGGACGAACAGCUGAAGAACGAAAUCCGACAGGAGGCGGCAGCGGAGGACGUGGACAUAGUCGUUGCCGUUCUGAGGUCCGAGCUCAUAGAACCGGCCCUCACUCCAGAACAGGUUGGCAAAGUGUUCAAUUCCUAUGUGGCGUGGAAUCAUGCCGUUGAAAAUGUCGAUCUCGAGAUGAAGCAGGGCGCGCAGUGGUUUGCACACCUGAAGCAAUUGUUGAAACUCUAUACGAGACAGCGCGACAAGGCCAUGAUGUUGAGCAUUAUUGAAGAGCCGGUCACUCUUCAAUUAUUCCGCGACCUCUUCACAAUAUUUUAUGAACCUCUGGUGCGCGUCUACAAAUCUGCGAAUGUGUACAACAGUAUCACAGACUUUGCGCGUUUCGCCGAUGAUGCUAUAGCAACUAUCGAAAAGGCUCAACGGCAGGACGUCUCUGCUGACCCGAACCAGACCGUUCAGUCUUUUAUCGACCUAUGUGCUCGUCACCAAGAUAGCUUUUACAAGUUUGUUCACGAGGUUCACAUUCAUGACAACGGGCUAUUUGGAUCCCUGAUGGCAUGGGUGGAAGAUAUCUUGGAGUUCCUUCGCAAGGGUCCUAAAGGCGGAAAGCUCGACAUGAACGCUCUUUUCCGAGGAGCUAUAGAUGUUGGACGGAUUGACAAGGAAGUUGCCAUCCAAGAGAUCAAUUCCCUCGUCAAGUGGCAAGAGGAUAGAAAGAAGUGGCACAACGACAAGACUAGACAGAAGAUGGCUGCAGAAGGCACCGGCAGUGACUCUGUACCCGGAAGCGCAACCUUCCGAAGUAGUGACUUUGGCUUGGACGAGGCUGAUCUCGAAGAUCUCGCCAUCUCCGACGACGAGUCCGACGAAUCAGACGAGAACGCAGACGAUGAUCUCGACCCUAUUGCCGCUGAGCGGAAACGCCGAGCGAAGAAACGAGAUCAUCUCCGACGUGCCGCCGGCGAACCCGUCAAGCCGGAAGUGAAGGAGGUCCUGAAACUACAGGAUCCAUUCGUGUCGAUGCUAAGAAUUGUUCUUGCGGAUUAAACACAGACAGCAGUCGCUGGGCGAUUGCAGACGACUCUUUUCCAGCGAGUUUCCGGUUCUAGUUGGUCUUUGUGUGAGAUACGAUUUGACCAGAUGGUCAUUAUGAGUAUCCGUCUGUAUGUUUUAAGAGCUCUUUUAGUUCCCUUGAACCUGUUGACUGUGGGAGUAUCUUAUCCCACUUGUGCAU